CUCUCCUCACCAUUACAUAGUACAAGUAUUGAAGCUCCCAUUAAUGGAGUUCUAAGCUAUUCUAGUGAGAAGGAGGAAGAAGAAAAGGAUCCAUAAUAUGGAGGGAAACUCCCAUAUUUAUAGAGAAUAGGGGAAGGGGAUGCUCUCCACCCUAAUGGGCCGGAGUGGGCCCAAAGCGGGCCGAAAUGGCUAAAGUGGGCCGGAUGGGCCGAAAUGGGCCUAGAUGCUCGGGCUCCGUAGUGAAUAAUGUCUUAGCCUCCUGAACAGUAAUAGGCCGGGAUAAUAUAUCCCAACACAUCACUUCAUCUAAACGCGGAUGCCCCGUCGUUUUCCCUUUCAGCUUUUUUGGUAUCAACUACGGAGUAUCGAUCAACUAAUAUUGUCUAAUCAAUCAUUUCCCAAACAUCUUCAGGGUCGUGCCUACUGUGAGGCCAUUGAGGCAUGGGCCUCAGGGGCCCAAAAAUGUCAAAAUUUUGAGGGCCCAACAUUUUAGAUGUCUUUCUAUUAUAUAGAUAUAUUUCUAAUUAAAAAUAUAUGCCUUUGUUUAAUUCUGAUGGCUGCUGCGUUUGGAAACCGAAAUAGGCGACCUAUAGACCAAGUACGGAGUACCAACGAAGAUAGAAGAGGAACGACCGAACCAGUGUAGUGCGCCGGUGGCCAGUGCUUAAGUGUUGUGUGACUGCCGAUUGCCAAACCUGAGAAGAAGAAUUAGAAGAGUAAUUUGUUGAUUUGCCUUUGCCUUAUUGCAGACUUGCAGCACUCGGUCCGCUAGGGCAGGAGGCUUGGAGCAAUCAACCACCAAAAAUAAAAAAAGCAGCAAUAUCGGACCCUUCCAUAAUCGGUACGGAUUCUAAGGAAUAUCAAGUUAUCAAGUAUCAAGUUAUCAACAGAACACGUCUGAAGACUUCGACGAUCUUCUCCAUCCCAUUGGGUUCUAAAAUCUAAAGUUGAACUCAGGUGGUAUAAUGGUGAGGAAAAAAGAUCCUCUUUGGGAGUACGCAGAUGAGCUUGAUAAUAAAUUCAAAUGCAGAUAUUGUCAGAAGGAGUAUUCGGGUGGAAUAGCGAGGGUAAAGUUUCAUCUUUCUGGACUCAGAGGCCAUGAUGUUGAAAUUUGUACUCAAGUUCCCGAUGAUGUUCAAGCACAAGCCUUCAUUGCUUUGGAAAAGAACUCAAAUAAAAGAAGCAAAAGUGCGGUCAGUACUCCCUCUUCUGGUAUGAACGAUAAUCCCUCUUCUUUCAUGGGUUUGCAACAAACCACGAUGCCUGAGAUGAUAAAAAAGAUGGAUAAAAGUGGUGUGGAUAAGUUGCUUACUAAGUUUUUCAUCAUGAAUAAUAUUUCUUUUAAUGUUAUUCAAAGUGAUUCCUUCAAGAACUUAGUGAAAGCCUUGGGUGAGUUUGGACCAACUUAUAGGUUACCUAGCUACACGACUUUGAGAACAAAGCUUAUUCCGGAAGCAAAGAAAGAGGUUGGUGAAUAUGUUAAGAAUGUAAAAAAAUCUUGGGAAAAAACUGGUUGUACUAUAAUGUCUGAUACUUGGAGUGAUCUCAAACAAUGGUGCUAUAUUAAUUUUAUUGCAGACUCUCCUGGAGGUGCCGUAUUCUUGCAAUUUAUUGAGAUUUCUAAAGAGAGGAAAACAUGAUAUUUGUUAAAAGAAUUGUGUUCUAAAGUUAUUGAUUUACUUGGACCACAAUAUGUUGUUCAAUUUGUGACUGACAAUGCCUCGAACUUUGAAAGUGCCGGUGAGAUGUUAGUUGGAAAGUACCCCACCAUGUAUAAGACCAAAUGCGCUGCUCAUGGCAUUCAAUUGCUUUUUAAGGACAUUUAUAAGGAUCUUGAGUGGGUGAGGAGUGCUGUUGAUGAUGCAAAGUCAAUCCAGUCGUUUAUGUAUAGGCAUCAAAUUAUUACUGGAUUAAUGAGAGAUGCUACAAAUGGGAGGGAAUUGAAAAAACCGUGUGCCACUCGAUUUGCUUCGAAUUUUAUUGUUCUUCAAUCUGUUCUUGAGGUUGAGAAUGCAUUAAGGUUAUUCGUGGCAUCUCCUAUUUGGAGGGGUUUAGAGUAUACUAAGUCAUCUGAAGGGAAAAGGGUCACAUGUAUCAUUCAAGAUCCCGAUUUUUGGACGCGUGCAAAAGAAGUUAUUGAUGUUUUAGAGCCUCUUGUGAGAAUCCUUCGUUUAGUUGAUGGUGAUGGAUCCACUUCUGGGUAUUUAUAUCAAGCAAUGGAGAUGGCAAAAGAAUCUAUCGACUUUAAGAGUGCUUUGAACGAGGGUAAAUAUGGCCGCAUAAAGUUACUAUUGCAAAAGAGGCGAAAUGAAAAUAUUCUUCACCCCAUCCAUGCUGCAGCUGCCUUCCUUAAUCCCGCAUAUAUGCUUAGUGACUCUUUCAAGGAAAAUUGGGAGAUGAAACAAGGAACUAGUUACAUUUAUGAUAAUCUAGUUUCAGUGGCCGAAAAGGAGUCUUUUCUUGAGCAAGUGCAACUUUAUCGCAUGUCUUAUGCCCCUUUAUUCUCCUCAUCUGCCAAAGCAAUGCUAAAAACAUAUCAUCCUAGAAUAUGGUGGGAUGUUUGUGGUGAUGUUCUUCCAGUGCUUCAAAAAUAUGCUAUUCACAUUUUGAGUCAGCCAUGUAGUUCUUCUUCAUGUGAACGCAAUUGGAGUGCUUUUGAAGCGGCCCAAACCAAGAAGAGAAACAGGUUGACUCCUCAAAUGCUUGGAACUCUAGUUUAUGUGAGGAUGAAUUCCAUGAUGAUAGAGAAGUUUCAAAGUAACGAAGUGGCCGACAUGAAACCAAUUGAUUUGACAAGUCUAAAGGAUUGGCCGGAUUACGGAGAAGAAGUGGAACCGAUUUGUAGUGGAGCUCUUACGAUGGAAGAGGCUUCAAUCAUAGAUUCAAUGGAAGGACCUGACAAUCUUGACUCAAUUUGUCUAACCAUCGAUGACGGUGAUGGUGAUGAAGAUGACGAGUUUAACUUGGAUGCUAUUUGAUGAACAUGAUGAGUUCAUUUUGGUUUUUUUUUGUUAUGAUGUGCUACAUUGUUAGACAUAAUUGUUGCUGGAUUUAUAUGUUGACUUAAUUCCUAUUUCUUUUCUUGUCAUGGACUUAUGCUAUCAGUUAUAUUGUGAUCUUUUUA